CCAACGCACAACCUAACCUCACUUUACUUUUCUCAUUGGAUUUUGUAUUUUAUUUCAUUAUUUCAAAUUUAAAGCUAUAAGGCAAAACUAAACUAGUUAACCAGCUUAGCAUUAGCAAAAUAAAACUAGCUACUUAACUACAGGAUAUCACAUGGAUACUUCUAUUAAAGAGGAAAUGCAAAAACUUGGUGUUGAUGAGAAAUCUGCGGUGGUAGCUUGCCAAGUAUUUUUGGAGUUGUGCGAAGUAAAGAGAUACUGGGAACCAAAAUACGAAUACAACUCAACAAUACACAAAAUUAUCAUAAAAGCCAAAAAGAAACCAAAUGAAGAGUUCAGUAUCUUUGUGCCAAUUCCCAGCUACGAACAACUUAAUUUUGAUAAACUCCAAACAAUUUUCGGCAAUUGUAUUGAUAACAUCUUUUUAGCAAUCCUCCAUCCAGAUUCCACUUGUGUCUAUUAUCAAAUAUCCAAAGGUCUUCAGGAACCAACAGAAACUGACGCAAAACAUCUCAGAGUGAAUAAACAAGAGAAACUGGACGCUGACUUGAGAAAGCACAGAGACUUGAUUCAUCAGUCUGCUUUGUUUGGAAUUCCUAUCACUUUACCAAAAAUUGUGCCCGAAGACAAAUCUAAACAAUCUGCAGAUGAUGUUGGAGAAGAAAAUAAUCAAUCAUCAAUUAGUUAAAGUUAAAUAAUCCACUCCGCUUCAAAAGGCAAUAAAAU